AUGAAUCACUCAAGAGCUUACUUACUACUUGAAAGAGAAUACAUGGAGUUUACAGAAGCCAACAUCUUUGGCAUUUCUAUUACUCCUGUGACAGACAACUUGAUGAAAUGGGUAGCUGAAAUUGAAGGAUUGAAGGAUUCCCUAUGGGAAUGUGCUGUACUCCAAAUAUCAAUGAACUACACUGAAGGUUACAACAACAUUCCUCCAUGCAUCAAUUUCAUCACUAUUCCCUUCCAUCCCAAUGUUGAUCCACAGUCUGGGAGACCUUGUGUGGACUUUCUAGAUGACCCCACCAUGUGGAACAGCAAGUUAACAAUGACGAGUAUCCUACUUAGUAUCCAGGUUUUGCUGUCUAAUCCAGUUUUGAAUAAUGCAGUGAACUUGGAGGCAGCUAAAAUGCUGCAGGACAAUUAUCCUCUGUAUAGACAAAGAGUUAUACAGUGUGUCAGAACUAGCCAGUACUUAAAAGCUCAACCCAGUUUUAAAGACUCUGCCAUUUCAUUUAAGUGCCACCAAACAUCUGAAGAAUAUUUUCCUGCCCAAAGGAGGAAGAUUACAGCCAUAUCCUAUGAAGAUUAUUACUUGACAUGGUUUGAAAUUGCCACAUCAAAAGCAAGAGAAGAUUUUAAAACCCCAGUGUUUGAAGAUCCAAACUUCAUAGGAAACUGCUACAACUGGUUUGCAGAAAAUGUGGCCAAAGGAGAAUGGGAUGAAAAUAUGUAUCGAUUUAUCAUCUCUGAGUGUAUUGAAAAACAAAAGAGACAAAAAUUAUUAGAUAGCCAGACAGGUAGUCAUCAUAUCUCAAGCUCUACUCCAGUUGGAUCUCAAACUACUUCUGCUCUGGAGUUUAAGAAGAAAGACGGAAGCCAAGAUGAGGAGCAAUGGGAGAAAGAAGCAGAAGAUCUGGUACUCUGGUCCACAAGUCUUGAUCAAAGAAGAUGGGAUUAA